GUUUGUGAAAGAAGAGUUACAUAUCGAAGAAAACGACCGCGUAGCACGGCGCAACGAAGCGUUUCACCACAACAACGACGAGUUCGUCACUGUGGACGAAAUGUGGGCGCGUUGGUUCAAGUCGGCAGAACACAAUUGGACUGUGGAUCAGAUCAUCGACUGGCUGGUGUACAGCGUCGAGUUGCCGCAAUACAAAGAUUUGUUUUUGAGAAACGAAAUCAACGGAUCUGUUCUUCCCAGGAUAGCUUCACCAAACACAAACUACAUAACAGCCGUGCUUGGUAUCAGCAACCCCGUGCAUCGCCAGAAGCUUCAUCUGAAAGCGCUUGAUUUGGUGCUGUUCGGCUAUCGGGGAGUGCCCAUGGACUACACGAAAGACGUCGUGCUGAUCACGCUGCUGAUCAUCGCGCUUGCCGCUUACUGGUUCGCUAUGUACCAGCGGAAGACGUCACAGAAAAAGCUGUCUCAAUUAUCGUCACAUUUGGAGCGACUGAAGGAUAUGGAAUCUGAGUUCUUGGGCUUACAGAAAAAAUUCGAGGAAGUGCACACGAAGCAGGCGAUUGAGAGCCCAGAGCAGUUCGACGACGUGAAUACGCUUCGAGAACAAUUAAUCGAAGCGGAAAAAGAACUUGAAAUGCGUUUACCUCGUCUGCAAACAUUGCUGCGCAAAACUUACGACCUUGAGUUGCUGCAUCUGAACCAAGAAAAGCGGGACAACCUCAAAGAGAUGGAAGAAGCGCGUGAAAUGGUCGAAAAGCUGCGAAAAAGGCAGGCGGGCCUGCUGAACCAGAUUCGGAGCGUGCAUGGCUCAGAGACAGAAAGUAUGGAUCGCCGAAUUUAUGGUUUAAAGCAAAGAAUGGAGCGUACCGUGCGCGAAAUGGAAGAACAUAAGCAGAGAUGGUCUCAGAUCGAACUCAUUUGCGGCUUUCCGCUGACUGAGGAAGGAUUGAUAAAAAGUGCCGCUGUCGUCUCUAACGAGCUGACUGUGCCGAACUUCGCUUCUGCUGUUCCUUUCGUUGCUGCUCACUUGCCUACGAUGAGCGCAUCGGCUUCGUUCAACUGCUCAGUCGGUUCUAAGCAAGGCAAAAUGGUGCAAAUAAAAGAUGAGUUAAGAAUCCUAGUUAAGUGA